UCGGCUAAACGGAUAUGUUUACGUUGAAUGCGAGAAUAAUAAAUUCGUAAAAUUUCUGGUGAGAUCAUCUCGCAAUUUGGAAUUUUCCGUUCGUCGAUAACCAGACAAGAAAUGUUCCCGUCGAAGAUACCGCUUCUUCUCAGAAAUAUCACCGUCGGUGUCGUACAACGUGAAUCAGGCUGUCCAGGUGUUGUCGCGCGUAAAUGUCCACGAAGCGACGUGUCCUCCGUGAAGUUUUUCACGUCGACGCACCGACAGCAGAGUGAGCAGCAGCAGCAGGAUUCAACGACAGGGCAGUCCUUGCUUUCAGUGAACAUGGGCACGCCAGACAAGCUGUAUAAAAAGAUUGAGGUCGAGGUCAGAGGAAACGAUCAAGCGGUGUUAAAGAGCUAUGGAGAAUUCGCGAUGAUGGCCGCAGGUCAUUUAAAUAUCAACGUAGGUAGAAAUACAGCGCCGCAUAAAGCUAUCCACGAACGAUGGACAGUGCUAAAAUCUGCUCACGUUCAUAAAAAGCACCGUGUCCAGUACGAGAUGAGGACCUACUAUCGCUAUCUGGACUUCUUGAAAUUGACUGGCUCGACAGCGGAUACUUUCCUGGAAUAUCUUCAAAGAAACUUGCCGGAAGGAGUAGCGAUGAAAGUGACCAAGGUUGAGAUGGAGAAGUUGUCUGAAAGUAUAGCUGCGAUAUGUAACCCGUAGCUGUAAUGUGUAACUAUGAAUAAUUGUUUAUGUGAUUUAUGUUGUAGAUAGUUUAUCGAUGUAAACUACAAAAAAAGUACAUUUGAAGUUUAUUUAA